CUACAUUACUAAUCACCUUAACCUUGUCAAAUCCUUCUCACUGUUUUGGUCUCACCCCUUUCCAGUACGUCUCAUCGAUAUAUCACACGCUCACAAACCAUUUCUCUCUCUACAUUUCCUCUUCUUCCUGUGAGUGUGUGUUCAUUUUCCCCAGGUUUUCUUGGAAAAGAACUAAUCCAUUCUGUUUCUUUCUUCUCUCACCACACGACUUUUACUACUAGUCUACUCCACCACACCUCCAAAUAGAACCUAUCAUGUAAAUAUAAUUGAACAUGAAUAUGAACUACUAACUUUGAAGAAUUUCCAGUCCACAAAUUAAUAAAGAACCUCAGUACUUACUACUUGAGAGAUAUGGAAGAUAUUUACAAUAUCAACAAGAUGAAUCUCCCUUUUUCAUCUUCUCCACAGAACCUUAACGUUAACGUUUCUUCUUAUACUCCUCCAACCACCACUACUUCAGAAUUGCAUCUAGGACUCGUCCGCGCCGUUACCAAUAAUAACUACCACCAUCAACCGGAUCUAAUCGGGUCGGAUAUAUCGGAUCGGAUUAUCAAGAACCAGAUCGCAACUCAUCCUCUUUAUCCAAAUCUACUAUCUGCUUUCAUAGAAUGCCAAAAGGUUGGAGCACCGACUGAACUUGCAUCUCUUCUCGAAGAAAUAGGCCGUGAAAGCCACCACACCAAUGUUCUCCGUCAGAUAGGAGAUGAUCCUGACCUUGAUCAAUUCAUGGAAUCAUACUGUGAAGUUCUUCAUAGAUACAAAGAGGAGUUAUCGAAACAUUUAAACGAAGCGAGUUUGUUUUUGUGUGAUAUCGAAUCACAACUAAGCCAACUUUGCAAAGGGACAUUAACAAUCUCAUCUGAUAAUAACAACAACCGUUCAGAUGAAGCUGCAGGGACAUCAGAGGAUGAAAUGAGCUGUGCAAAGGUUGAAGUAGUUGAAGGUGUUCAUGAACAUUGUGGCACAUCAUGUCCAGGUGACAAAGAGCUUAAACAAAUGCUGCUUCGUAAAUAUGGAGGUUAUCUUAGUAACUUGAGAAAGGAGUUUCUUAAGAAAAGGAAAAAGGGUAAACUACCCAAGGAUGCAAGAAUGGCAUUGCUGGAUUGGUGGAACGUCCACUAUAGAUGGCCUUAUCCCACGGAGGAGGAGAAAAUGCAGCUAUCUGAAAUGACCGGACUUGAUAUAAAGCAGAUAAAUAACUGGUUCAUCAAUCAGAGGAAAAGACACUGGAAACCAUCUGAAGAUAUGAGAUUUGCGAUUAUUGAGGGUGUAACUAGCACCGGCGGAGAAGGACCUCUAUAAUUUAAAGCUGGUAGAAUGGAAUCGUCGAAGAUGUUGAUUUUUGGAACUGGCGCCUACAUUGCUGAGUAGGUCCGUUCGGCUUGUAUACAUACACUUGUGUUCACAAUAUUAUAGUUAAAUUAUUAGCAGUUAUCUAUUUCAUGGAUCCAUGUUACAGAAUCUCAUUAUUUUAUGAUAAUAUGUUGAUGACAAUUUGUAUAGAUAUGUAUUAUUGAUGUUGAUUUGAAGACAAACCAGCAAAUGCAAUGCAGUGAAGCAUAACAUUCCUUGAUUCUGGAACCAUAUAUAUACCGUCUUCUUGAACAUCAUAGGUGAUGAUGAUGUAUGUGAAGAAGUUUUUUGUCUUUGUAGUUGUUGGAAUUAUACAAGAUAAGUUUUUAUAUA